AUGCCGGUGUUGAUCGUUGGUGGCGGCAUCAUGGCGGCAUCAACAGCCUACUACCUUGCUAAACUCGGCAAGUCCAUCAUCAUAUUAGAACGAGAGACCGUGGGAUGCUCUGCCAGCGGCAAGGCAGGUGGGUUCCUGGCUAGAGGUUGGUGUUCUUCUGGGCCCACGCAACAACUGCAUCAUAGAGGCUUCGACCUUAUACGGCAGUAUGUCCAUAAACACGGCUUGAAGUCCUACAGGGCUAUCCCCACAGCUCAGACGGAAAUCCACGGCAACAAGAGGAGACGUGGUGACGGCCAGUGUUCAUGGCUCGACAGAGGAACAACGAAGUCAAGUUUGAUGGACUCGGAGACCGCGCAGAUAACGCCCUUGGAACUCACCAAGUCUCUUAUAAGAGAGGCGAUCGACUUGGGCUCACUAGAGGUCCGAACUGACGCUAAGGUGGUUGAUGUGGUCAUCGAGGAAGAUGGCAAAGCUGUUACUGGUGUAGUAUUGGAGGACGGCUCCAUCGUCUAUGGCUCAGAGGUUGUUCUAGCGAUGGGAGCGUGGUCUUGUGAGGUGGAGGUUUGUAGCAGUCUGGUGUACAAGGAGACUGGAAUGGCCGCAGUUCCUGACCCGCACGCUCUUUUCUGCUCCGAUGACGCCAACGGGUGCCAUCUUGAAGUGUACCCUCGACCGGAUGGUGACAUCUACGUCUGUGGACUGGGCGGAUCCCCUCAGCUGCGACCUGAUGAUCUCAGAUCUAUUGACCCGAGUGGAGUACAGCCGGAGGCAAAAAGGGUGGCUGCUGGCCACAAGUCGCUCUCUGCCAUGACAUCUCUAGUCGAUCCUGGUAAAGAGCCCGAUAUCAAGCAGGCCUGCCUGAGGCCGCUACUACCGGAUGCGUUACCAGCUAUGGGCCGGCUCUGUGAGGGCAUCAACAACCUAUACAUCGUGGCGGGCCAUAACUGUUGGGGCAUUCUCUGGUCCCUGGCUUCGGGAGAGGCAAUGGCUGAGCUUAUCGCUCAUGGCACAUCUGAGCACCUCAGUUUAAGUCCCUUCGAUCCCACUAGAUUCACAUAG